AUGUUAUCGCUAAUUCAUACGGGUCAUUUGGGUAUAACGAAAAGUUUACAAAAAGCAAGAAAUUUUAUUUUCUGGCCUGGUAUAACCAAAGAUAUUAUUAACUUUUGUAAUAAAUGCGAUAUUUGCUUAAAAUAUUCUACAUCCGAUAUAAAAGAACUAAUGAUAAAUCAAUUUAUAGAAAGAAAACCGUGGUAUAAAGUUGGAAUUGAUAUUUAUGAAUUGCACAGUAAAUGUUAUUUGAUGUUAGUAGAUUACUUCUCAAAGUACCCAGAAAUAGUUGAUUUAAACAAUGAUUUAACAGCUGAAAACAUAAUUGAAAAAACAAAGUCAAUUUUUGCCCGACAUGGUAUUCCAUCAUAUGUUGUUUCUGACUCUGGUAGACAAUUUACAAGCGAAAAUUUUAAAGAGUUUUCAAAAGAGUGGAACUUUUCUCAUCAAAUAGCUUCUCCACAUCAUCAACAAAGUAACGGUUUCGCUGAGAGAACUAUCCAAACAGUAAAAAAGAUGAUAAAAAAGACAAUUGAUAGCGAUAACGACAAAAAUUUAGCUCUAUUAGCCUAUAGAAACACUCCAGUUUAUGAUAUAUACACACCAUCUCAAUUACUUAUGUCACGUUACCUAAGAGAUAGUUUACCAAUACAAGAAAAAUUAUUACAACCAAAAUUAAUUAACAAAGCACUUAUACAUAACAGAAUCGUAACUCGACAAAACAAUAAUAAAAAAUAUUAUGAUUUAUCUGCGACCAAGAAUAGAAAUUCUUUGAAAGCUGGCAUGUUAAUCAAAUAUCAACAAAAGCCGAAUGACAUUUGGCAUUCAGGUGUUAUUGCAAAACAGAUUAACCCUAGAACUUACAAAAUUAAAAAAGGAGAUGGUAGAGAAAUAGUACGUAACAAAACUUACAUCAAAAUAGAUAAAACUGAUAAAACCAAGCCUUUUGAACGAGUUUGUGUAUGA